AUGAAUUUCGAUACUAAUAUAUACAAAAGCAGUCUAAUGAGCAAGUGGAUCUUAAUACUUUUACUAGUAAUAUGUGCAAGUCUUGUUGCUGUAUUUACAGGAAUAGCAGAAGUUUCUCCUUAAAUACUGACAUUUACAGAUGUGGUUGACGAUACCAAAUGUUAAAAUGAAUUAAAUAUUUAAUGUACUACUUUGGAUCAUAAAAGAGAUUUAGGGAACUCAAGAAGAAUUUAAAUCAGUAUUGAACAACAAUUUGUUAUGUUUCUUUUGUCAUGAAAAUAUACCAGAUUAGCCAUUUGGAAUCAAAGGCAUUUUACUUAAUCAAGAAAACAUAGUCACAUAAACUAUGUUGACCUAUUCUAUUGGUUAUUUUGAUGAUAUAACAAAAAGACCUUGUUGGUAUGAUGCAUCUUAAAAUGAAAAUAUUAAUCAUCUACCUAAAAUUAAGUCUACUAUUUAUGAUAAAUAAAUUGAAGUCUAAUAGUCAACCAUACUUCUUAAUUGGGAAUGUGUCAAAAAUAUAACAUCAUAUACUUGUUACACUAAAGAACAUAUCUAUAAAGAUAAUAGAUCCUUUUCUAGAUUAUUUGGAUUUGUAAUGAUAGAAGGAAUUCAAUAUUAAUAUAUGAACUUUGCCAUUAUGAAACAAAGCAAAGAUUAUUAUCUAUAUAAUGAAGUUAUGAUGAUUGCUUGGAUUGGAAUAGAACUAGUUUUUUGUUGCAUAUUAUUUAUGUUGGAAGAUGAAUUUGAAGAAUAACAAGCUAAAGUUUUAAUACCUACUUUAUCUGUAAGAAAUCAAAUAUUUUUAAUAUUUUUUCUAAAUAAUCAUCCUUUAUUUUUGAUUCAAUUAUUCUAUGAUAAUUUAUACUUAAAAUUGUUUAAUGUAAUUUUUCAAUCAAUUGGUUAAGCUGGAUUUAUGUUCUAUUGUAUAUCUAUCACUUUCAAAUUACUUGGAUUAAAUUAAUAAUUUAUUGCAAUAAUCAAUUCAGGAAUUUGUGUUACCUAUUCUGCAUUAAAAUCAUUUAUUACAAUUGUUACAGGAUUGGAUAUGAUGAAAAACAUACCCCAAUCAUCAGUUUAUCUUAAUUAAUCAAAUUUUACUUUUAUUGGAUUAUUUAUGGUAUUUUGGUACACUUAUUUUAUUGUGGUUUAGGGUGUUUUAUUUAUUAAAAAUAGAUAAAAUAAAGCUAUUCAAUAUAAAUAUGCUAGAACAGAUAUCAAUAUGAAAUUGUGUCAUAAAUAUUUUAAAGGAAUUUUUAUAUUUUAAAUAUUUAGUCUAAUCUUUAUAAGUGCAUUUUUUGCAAGAAUUUUAUGGUAAAACAUAGUUAUAUUCAAUCCAAAUUAUUUAUAUUAUGAUCAUUAUCAAAUAACAUUAAUAAAUGUUUGGGUUGUAUCAUUAUUCAUUUUAUUUCAUCUUGAAAAUCCUAAUAAAAUAAAUUAAAUCCUUGAGGUAGAUGAGGAAGAAAUUAGUGAUAAAGUUGAAAUUUAAUUAUGUAAUACAAUUUAAUUAGAAGAAGAAUAGGUUAAAUUGUAAGAGAUACCUGAGUAAAACUUAGAAAUGGGUAGUAAAACACUUGAUACCAAUUUGCGUAAAGUUAAAUAUAAUGAUAUUGCAUAACCUGAAACAUAAUUAAGACAUUGA